CGCUACACUCUUGUCAAAUAACCCGCCCUUUUCUUUCUGAUUCUUCAGUCGUCUCAUUGGUGAAUGCAGGCUCCUUGAUUUGUGUUACCGCGUAGAUAGGAAGAAACGGCAUAGGAACUAGUGAGGUGAAUGACUUGCGGGCUCGACAAGGUAUGAACAACGUUAAGCGUAAUGGGUUUUAAAACACAAGUUUACACAUGCUUAGUAACCAGACCAUUUAACGUUGCUUCGAGAAAGGCAUGGUUAGAAAUCCUUUUUGUCUGGUUAAAUUAUACCAGUAGCGUCUCCGCUGUUUCCCUCAGGGUCAUUUAAACUGGUGCUCCAGCCAGAGGAACUGCAUCAAAGAUUCUUUAAAACGCAUAAGCCUACGUGGUCGUAUUGUCUAGAAAUGUUCGGAGUGCUACCUGUGUGUUUGUUUAUCCAAAGAGGUUGCAAAUAAUUUGCAUUUGAACGUGUUUCCCCUCUGUUGUGCCACGUUUUAUGACAAGAGAUUCAGGUAACCAACGGUAUACGUGCAAAUCUCUCUGGGGAACAGGCUAAGUUAGCUAUUAGCUAACCAACAGUUUUCUGAUUCUCUAGACGUAGAGAUUAUUAGAUCUUCUUGCGUUGGCUAACGUGAUAAUUAAAGCUAGAAUAUUGCUACAGUCUUGCGCUAGCCAGCGCCUGACUUGCAUGUGAAUUUGUAUGGGUUCCGUCUCAAACCUUUGUUUGCAAUAACAGCAGUGGUCUGUCAAAUUAAGAAACGAUGUGCAGCCCACGUGAGGUACUACUUGUUGGCGAGGGCAACUUCUCGUUUUCAGUUGCUCUGGCCGAAUCGUCUAUGGAUGAGCUAAAUGUAACGUCAACUUGCUUGCAGUCAGAGGAUAAGACAUAUCGCCUGGAGAAUGCUCGAGAGAACGUUCAGCGCAUACGCGAUUGUGGUUCAUCGGUGCUCUUUCAAGUGGACUGCACAAGUCUGAAAGAACAUGAGGCUCUUCAAAAUAAUCUUUUUGACUGCAUUAUCUUCAACUUCCCCCACUUCGGUCGCAAAAGCGGAGUGAAGAAGAACCGUCAUCUCCUGGCUAAAUUUUUCCUCAGUUGUGUGCAGGUCUUAAAAGGUGGAGGGGAGGUUCACGUGGCCUUGUGCAAUGGCCAAGGUGGCACUCCAGCUGACAGUCCAAUGAGAGAGUGGCACAACAGUUGGCAAGUUGUUGCCAUGGCAGCGGAAGCUGGCCUGAUCUUGAGUGAGGUCCAUCCUUUCGAUCCGAUGAAAUAUCAGGGCUAUAAAUGCACAGGUUACAGGAGCCAAGAUAAAGGAUUCCAUGUGGAUAGUGGUCUUAACCAUAUCUUCACCCAAAGUUAUCCAUAUUCUACACCUGCAGUGACUUUAAAAAUGGAGGCAGCAUUGGCCAAAGACUCAAUAUUAUUUGAACUUCCAGAAGAGCUAAGUGAAUAUGUGAACCGGUCUUUCCUUGACUCCGAAUCAUGCCACCCUGUGAAAUUAGUGCAGGAGCAGCUACUUCGGGAACUGAAGUCAUCCUGGCCCGUUUACACCCUGACCCAUAACUUUCCUGAACUGGUCUGUUGCACCCCAGACCAGCUCCACACAUUUGGCCCAGAUGUUGCUGCCUCAGACAUGUAUUGGGUGAGGCCCAUUGAAACCCAUGGUCUACGUGAGGAGGACGAGAUGAUGGGCGAUGACCACCUAAGCUCCAACACCAAGUACGCGCUACAGCCAUCUAUGCUGAUGCAUCUUUCAGAGAUUAUCCAGCACGAAGAUUUCAGUCCGGGAACUCUGCACGCACUGAGUGGUCUGGUUUUCCGUCGAGCCCCUGUGUCCUCAAGCACGUCGCCGGUCCAUCACCAGCUGCUUCUCGUGGGAGCUUUCCCCUCCGACUCCGAACCUUUAAAGUGUCUCCAGGGGUGUUUAGAGACACUUCUGUCUCCUUAUGGAGUCUCGUUUAUAGGGGACCAAGAGGACGCCAAGAAGGUGUGGAUGAACUCAGAAAAACUUCCCAAGUUUGGGAGGUUAGCGUACGUGUCUGCACCAGAGUAUGAGUUUCAAGGUGUCCGACUGUCUGUGGUCACGAUUAACCUUGACUACUUGGCCACGCUUGUCUUCAAUCUGUUUGAUUGGCGCUUACUCUGGAGUCCUGAUCCCCGCUUCCUUCACCACUUCUCCUCCAAACCCCUGGAACCUUUCUGCACAUUCUCGCUGUACCCGCCAAGCUACUCGCACGACAUCAGCUUCUGGAUGGAACCGGACAGCUUUGACGAACUUGACUUCCAUGCUGUGGUCCGUCAAGCGUCAGCAGGCGCGGUACGAGAGGUGGUGCUGGUGGACCGUUUCCGACAUCCACACAUGGGUCACGCCAGCCUUUGUUACCGGUUGACCUACCAGUCGCCUGAUCGUGCACUCUCGCACAGUCAGGUGAAGGACAUACACAAUCAGUUGCGGCAACUGAUGUCUCAAAAACUACAGGUCACACUCAGGUAGAUGAGAUGAAAUCUAUAUCGUAAUUUAAUACGAUGAGGAAGAUUUUAAGGUCAAACACUGGUGGAUCAGUGCAAUACUUCCACAUGCUGUAGUUAAUGAACAAGAAGCUCAUUAAGUGAGUUUACAUGGAUACUUUUAUUCUGAUUAUGAUAACUUUUAUUCUGAUUAUAAUGAUAUAUUUUAUUCUGAUCGGAAUGAAAAUUACACAUAUAAACACCUUGACUGCCAAUCCGAUUUGAAUUUUAAUCGGAAAGGAAAGGAGUGGUGCAUUCCGUUCUUGUUCCGGUCAAUUGGGUUGCCUGCUGUAGCUUCUCAAGGAAAAGUAAGGCAGUUACAUCUAUUCCAAUCAAGGAACGCUUGUAAGCACCUGAUCGGAAUAGAACACACCCCAUGUAAAGAAAUGGAACACAUUUUUCAUCCGGAAUAGUUUUAUCAGAAUAAGAAGAAAACUGUCCCAUGGAAACCCGCUUACUCUGAGUGACUUUCUUCUUUGCCGGUCAUUUCAAAUAGGGCCCCCAGUUGUCAACAAAGCGCUAUUCCGAUCCUAUCUGCAAACCAAAUCCGCCCUAAAUAUGUUCUUGUAUUUAUUAUGUGCACUAUCAAGACUGUUUGGAUUGUAUAUUAUACGUAUCACACUGCAUGACUUAAACCCAUACAACAACAGAUAAAAACCCAAGGGGUGUACUACAAAGCAAGUUCAACAUACCUAGGCUUUCUUUGUGUUAGUUGGCUUGACAACCCCUAUAUAGCUGGUAGGUUGACAGACUGCAAAAUGUAUGUAUUUCAGGAAAUCUGUUACGUUGAAUGCCCUGACUUUACAUAACUAGCCCUCUAAUAUUUCUUUAGUGGAUCCCUCCAGCAGCUCUAAUAAGCUUUGGUUUAUGGACUACUUUUCCGUUCCAUUAUAUCACAAUCUUAGAAUGUACCUUAGGGGCUAUAUUUUAGUUUUCUUUUCUGUUCAUCUUUUUAAUGUGUAAAUCAAAUAUUAGCCCCAAACUCAGACAAGCCAUAUCAGAGGUUCAGUAAAUGUGCAUCUAAUUUCAGUGUACUGUGAAUAUGACGAUCAUGUUUACUGUGACAAUGUUGGCCAGUCACAUUAUCACUAUGGUGCAUGCAGUUACACAUUCACCGGUAGGUGAUAUGUGCUUGCUUUGUUGGUAAACAAAUACUGUUUUUAAGAAUGUGACUGAGCAACAAAUGUAUGCUGUUGAUAUGUUUGUUCAAAAAAAAGAUCUACUUUCUAUUAGGCUACUUCAUGUAAGCCUGGUAUGGCCAGUAUCUGUGUCAGUAAUAUGUUUAAUCUAAUGUAAAUUGUGAGGUAUGCAUGCACUUGAUAAACCACUGGAAGUGGUUGAAAAAACGAUUAAAUUCGUUUAGGCUCGUCCUUUAGCCUACCUCAUAUGUGAUGUAACAACAGAGAUGUCAUAUGGUCUUGGCUGCUAAUAACGUGUAUUUAAUAUGUGUAUUUAUUCUUAUUUAUAAGGUGAACGAUUUUAAAUGUGGAAUGUAUUAUGAAGUUUCAGGAAAUGUUAUUUAUAUUGCUUUUAGAUAUUUGUAUUUAGUAUACAAUGAAAACAAGGAUGAAAUAAAAAAUAUUUAU